AAAAAGGAUCUGCAAAAAAUUAAAAAGGGGAAACUGAAUCUUCAUUCUUUUCUGCGGAGCAUACAGGCAGGGCAAAAAGGAUCGCAGGUGGAAUCGAGGCUCCACCUCAGGCCGUACGCACCAUGUUAACGCCCGAGCAACACGUGUGGAAACCGGGCCGGAGGGGCCGCCGUGGGGCAGGACACGGGGCUGGAGGGUGCGAGCCCAUCCCCGCGUACUCUCGGCCCCACGCCACGAGGAGGCCACAGGAAACCCAACACGACGUCGCCUCCCGUCUCCACACACUUAACCUUCCGGGUUCGCCAUAGCGGCGGACAAGGAGCGCGCGCGGCCAGAGCGCGGAGAGUAGGCGUGCGCGGGCCCUCGAACCCCUUGCUGCGCUUAUUUGCCCUCCCAGAUCUGCUCCUGGAGGGCAGGAUCAAAAUAUGGAAGAAAGGUAUAUUUCUUAGUAGCUAACUGGAACAAUGGAAGGCAUGGGGAAAGCAUAUAAAAAGGAGAUACACACUGGACCACCAAAAGACUUCAAACUGCCUGCCAAUGAAGCACUUCUAGACUAUCACCGUCAAAUAAAAGAAAAUUCAGUAGAGCGAUUCAUUUUUCAAAUUAAGAAGCUUAGGGAAAAGAACCAAAAGUAUCAUGAAAGAAACAGACGCUUAAAGGAGGAACAGAACUGGCACAUAAAGAACCUACUAAAGGAACUGAGUGAGAAGUCGGCAGAUGGAUUACCAGUUGUCACAAGAGAGGAUGUUGAAGAGGCAAUGAAGGAAAAAUGGGAGUUUGAAAGAAACCAGGAAAAGAACUUGAGAGAUAUGCGCACACAAAUAAAUAAUACUGAGAAACUAUUUCUUGAGAAACUUGGUGAAAAGGAAUAUUGGGAAGAGUACAAGAACGUAGGAAGUGAACAACAUGCUAAACUUAUUAUCUCCUUACAAAAUGACAUCAAUCAAGUUAAAGAGAAUACAGAAAAAAUGUCAGAACAGUGUAAAAUCACUCUGGAAGAUACUAGAAAGAAAAUAAUCAGAAAUACUUUGCUGCAAUUGAACCAAAAGAAGGAAUGGGCUGCACAGAAUGCUGUAAGUUUAAUUGACAGGAGCAGUUAUCGAGAGAUCUUGGAGAACAACUGGCUAAAAAGAGAGAUUGAAAUUCACAGGAAGGAAGUUGAAAAAUUAGAAAAUACUAUUCAUGAACUGGAAGAAGAAAAUUUGGUGCUUAUUGAUCAGCUAUUCAACUGUAGACUUGUGGAUCUCAAAAUACCCAGGCACCUAUAUCUUAGGCAAGCUGCUGGACAGGAAAUACCACCUGAAGAAGUGCCUUUGGAAUUGGCUGAAAGUUAUAUAGAAGAGAAGUUAAAAUUGCCACCCUUAGGAGAACGCAGAGACACAUUGAACUCAUCACGUGAGAGUACUUCCGUCCAGCUUACCCUUGAAGACAGUGGCAGAACCAUCCACCACCUGAAGACAAAUGAAGUGGAGAGCUCAUGUACAAAGUUUAGGGAUUCUCAUAUGAAAUAUUUACUGUAUGAAGAUGAAGGGGAUUUCAAGGAACACGUGGAUUUGGGCCCACUGGCAGUGAAGCUCAUGCGUGUGGAGAGCAAGAAAAUGCCAAUUCAUUUUCAAGAAAAGGAAAUUUCACUCAAAUUUGAUGAAGAUGUCAGCAGUCCAGAAAACCGCAUCACAUAUAAGAUGAUGAAGUCUUUUCUCCAAGACUGAAACCUGAAAAUUGCAGUUUUUCUUUAUAAAUGGGAGUUGAAGUAUAUGCCAGUUUGCUCAUUUUGCAUACUCUUUGGUCCACUUUUAAGUCUACUGUUUCUACAAAUCAUAACUACAUUUAAAAUUAAAGUUUCAAGUAUUCAGCUA